UCAGGAGGGCUGCAUUGAGUGCGAUGAGGCAAAUCCCAUCGUGGCCAAACAGGUGGAGCUCAUGAAGCAGUACUUCCCGGGAGAAAAGUUCAAGCAGUGGGCUGAACCCUUGGGCGUGGAUGGUGGUUGGAGGAGGUACGGCAAGUGGGAACCAGCCAUGGACUUUGUCCAAGAGACAAUGAAGAAGUUCGCGCCGGUGGAUGUGUUGCUGGGCUUUAGCCAAGGGAGCAAUUUGGCACAUCCAUUGGCCGCGCGCGCUGCGCGAGGACAUCCGGGGAUGCCGCCCAUCAACUGUGUGGUGCACUUCUGCACAACAAAGCCUGGCUGGGUAGCGCAGACGCCGGAGCUGUUUGAGUACCAGAUUCCAGUGCCCGCGCUGCUCAUCGAGGGAAAGGUGGAUGAGACCGCGCAGGGGGCCGCGGAUGUGGCGCUGACCUAUGCGGAUCCAGUGGUGGUGAAGCACAGUGACGGCCACCGACCUUUCCCCAAAGAUGUGGCGGAAGCGCGGGAGUUGGCACAGAAGAUUCGGGAUUUUGUACUUUUGCAUUGCCGUGGCUCGAGCCUGUAACAACGCCGAAAGAAAAG